AUGGUGGCCACCUGCCUGCACCUGGCUGGAUUUGUCUGCAGUUUUGUAGGGUGGAUCGGGGUGGUUGUGGCGACGGCCACCAACGACUGGGUGGUGACUUGUGGCUACACCAUUACCACCUGCAGGAAGAUGGAUGAGCUGGGAUCCAAGGGGCUGUGGGCAGACUGUGUCAUGGCAACAGGUCUCUAUCACUGCAAACCCCUCGUGGACAUCCUCAUUCUGCCAGGGUAUGUCCAAGCAUGUCGAGCACUGAUGAUUGCAGCCUCUGUCCUGGGUCUUCCUGCUAUCUUCUUGCUGAUAACAGUCUUGCCCUGCAUCCGCAUGGGCCACGAGCCUGGAGCGGCCAAGUACCGGCGAUCCCAGCUGGGAGGGAUCCUCAUCAUCCUCCUGG